AUGGUAAAGUAUGUGAGAGAGAAAGCCGGAGUGCUAGAUUUUUAUGUCCAGAAUCCUAUCGAGUGGUCUCAUUUCAUGUCCAAAAAAGAAAUUGACGAUAUCGUAAAGUCUGAAGGUUUAAGUCAUAUCGAUGCACCUCUGGUAACCAGUCUUGGAGCGCUGAAAGGCAGACAUAUUCGUCUUUACUCUGAUGCUGUGAAAGCUUUGUACGGCGAAGGCCCCUAUCGUGUUUCGAAAGAAUUAGAGGAUCACCAAUACACGUACGAUGAAUGGAAGGACAUGUCGACAGAGAGGAAGGAGAAUAGCGUCCGUCACUUUCUUAACGCGCAACCGAAGAAAAUUUAUUCUCCCACAACCGAGAGGAGUUCAGCACAAAAGCAAGAUACAGCACCACUGGAUGUAAAUAUCGAUAUUUUGAAUGAUCAUCACCAACUAAGCGACCAUUCUCCAGACAUGUCGAUUGUUGUUGACGAUUCAGAGGAAGUAACAAUUAAUAGCAACGUUCCGCGUAAAGUGUUGAGUAUCGCAGCAGAAGAGGCGGAUUUACCAAAUGAGUGUGUCAGACUGGGGACAUUGCAACAGAUUUUCCACAAAGCGGAGUUUCUUUUGAACGAACCUAACGCUAUCAAGGAGGCGGCGUCAGAUGAUUCCCGAUUCAGAACUGUCAAGAGUCAAUCUGGUGGUACUCCACUUAUCGUUCGUCCAGUGAACAAGAAAUCUAAUCUGUUUACGUGUGAGUGUAGUACCUUCAAAGGUGUUGGUAUGUGUCCUGACACCGUUGGAGUAGCUGAAACUCAAGAUCUAUUGUUCGAAUAUCUUUCCGAUUUGCGUGCAAAGUUUACUCGUCAGAAAGGGAAAAAGAAAAAUGUAGGAGUAAACAUAACAGCAGCCAUUGAGACCGGUUUGAAAAUCACUGAGAAAGGUCACAAGCUCAAUGAAGUAAACAAAAAGGUGCAGAGACGUUCAAAAAAGAGUGGAGCCGAAGAAUCAUUUUCUAGUACAUGCACAACGAACCCAGUACUGAAAAAUGUCACACCUACAGCAACAACUACUGGGUUUGAACAUGAAACCGGAACUUCACCUCAGCCGUUUUUACGUAUGUGCACGACGAACCCAACGCUGAAGCAAGCCACACCUGCUAUUCCGAAUGUUUUUCCAACACCAACCGAGUUUGGACAUCAAUUCGAAGCUGCAGUUCAUCAGUCCGUUGGCAUGGUCCCAGGGCUGCCCCAUCCACAUCAAAUAUUUCAGGAGCAUCAGUUAGAGGCAUCAUAUGGGCAUCUGCAAGUGGAGAAGACAAGCGUCACCACCCAACAAAGUCGCAGCAUCGCAAGUAAUAUUCAGCCUGAUUUAAAUGUCUACCAACCAAAUCCAGUCAAUUUUCGUCACCCACCAUCUUUACAGCAACCCAGCCAAAACUUUCAGCGCGAACAGCCUAAUUGGCAUGCAGGUAUGUCUCCUCAUCCCUACACAUUGUGCAUUUUGGCACCUAUAGUCAUGAAGUGUUAUGGUUGUGGUGACGACUUCAUUGACAAAUACAGGCUCCCUCCUUGUAAUAUAAUCGUAAAACACGUGGACCGAAGAAUUAGACGACGGGAUGAACAGACUGGGCAAUUUUUAUACAGUCCCGAUUUCUCCAACACCUAUUAUCAUCCUUCCUGUUCCCACAUUAGGAGAAAGAAUCCCUUCUUUCUUGGUAUUGUAAACAUCGAUCGUUAUACAUGCGAACGCCUGACGGAAGAACAACGACAGUAUGUGGCCACCUUUGACUUUAAAAUUCAAAUUGUGUAA